CCUUUUACAGGGCUUUUUCUUUUUUUGUUGUCCAGAGGACUGUCGGCCAGCAGCAGUGGUGGAGAGAAGUAAGGAGAAAUAGUGAUCCGUACCGAAGAGGGAAAAAAAACACUGCUCUGGAAUAAUCCUCAAAGGCUUCGUGUGUUUUUCAGAGGUUUUCUCCAUCAUUGCUUUGGUAACAACAGACCACAAUGGCAAUGCAAAUGGGUGAGAUGGACGGCUCUGUGAAGGUGGCACAGUGGCAGCAGACCAUGUAUGGCAUAGAUUCAGGCAUCCAGUCCGGAGCCACCACAGUCAGAGAUGACGACGGAGAGUACACCACCAAGCAGUACACCAUGACCACCACCACCAUGACGACAGAGCCCGACUUGGAUUCCCAGUACACACUGACCAGAGCCCAGCGGGUGCGGGCUGCCAUGUUCCCAGAGACCAUGGAGGGAGGCACCACCAUUCUGUCCACUCAGACCGACCCGUCCCAGAUGACUAACGUCCAGCGGCUGGCUGAGCCGUCUCAGAUGCUCAAGGCGGCCAUCAUCCACCUGAUUAAUUACCAGGACGAUGCCGAGCUGGCCACGCGCGCCGUGCCGGAGCUCACCAAGCUGCUCAACGAUGAAGACCAGGUGGUGGUCAGCAAGGCGGCGCAGAUUGUCAACCAGCUCACGCGCAAGGAGGCGUCCCGCCGUGCGCUGAUGCAGUCCCCUCAGAUGGUGGCAGCGGUGGUGCGGGCCAUGCAGAACACGAGCGACAUGGAGACGGCAAGGGCCACGGCCAGCAUCCUGCACAACCUCUCCCACCAGAGAGAGGGCCUGCUCUCCAUCUUCAAGUCCGGAGGAAUCCCCGCUCUUGUCCGAAUGCUCAGCUCCCCCAUGGAGUCUGUGCUCUUCUACGCCAUCACCACCCUCCACAACCUGCUGCUGCACCAGGAGGGAGCUAAGAUGGCCGUGCGCCUGGCCGACGGCCUGCAGAGGAUGGUUCCCCUGCUGAAAAAGAGCAACCCCAAGUUCCUGGCCAUCACCACAGACUGCCUGCAGCUGCUGUCCUAUGGCAACCAGGAGAGCAAGCUCAUCAUUCUUGCCAACGGAGGUCCUGAGGGUCUGGUUCACAUCAUGAGAAACUACAGCUACGAGAAGCUGCUGUGGACCACAAGCCGCGUGCUCAAAGUCCUUUCUGUGUGUCCGAGCAACAAACCCGCCAUUGUCGAGGCUGGUGGGAUGCAGGCUCUGGGUCAACACCUCAUGGGGUCCAGCCAGCGCCUGAUGCAGAACUGCCUGUGGACUCUCAGGAACCUGUCUGAUGCUGCCACCAAGCAGGAGGGUAUGGACAGUCUGCUGCAGGUCCUGGUGGGCCUUCUCUGUUCAGAAGACCUCAGCAUGCUCACCUGUGCCACCGGCAUCCUGUCUAACCUCACAUGCAACAACGCUCACAACAAAUCGCUGGUCACCCAAAGCAACGGCAUCGAGGCACUGAUCCAAGCCAUACUGCGUGCUCGCGAGAAGCAGGAUGUGACUGAACCGGCCGUUUGCGCUCUGCGCCACCUGACUUCACGCCACCACCAGGCUGAGGUGGCCCAGAAUGCAGUGAGGACCUGCUAUGGCAUCCCUGCCAUAAUCCAGAUGCUCAACCAGCCCUACUACUGGCCUGUCAUCAAGGCUGCAGUUGGCCUGAUCCGUAACCUGGCCUUGUGCAGGGAGAACCAAGCCCCUCUGAGGGACGCAGGAGCGAUUCCCCGCCUGAACAACCUGCUGAUCAAAGCCUACCAGGAUGCCCAGAAGCACGGCUCAUCCAGCCAGCAGACAUACCAGGAUGGAGUGAGGAUGGAGGAGAUCGUGGAGGGCUGCACAGGCGCUCUGCACAUCCUGGCCAGAGAUCCUAUCAACAGAGAAGAGAUCGCCAACCUUCAGCUCAUUCCUCUACUUGUCCAGCUGCUCUACUCUCCAGUGGACAAUGUGAAGCGCGUGGCAGCAGGCGCCCUGUGUGAGCUGUCUCUGGACAAAUCAUCCGCUGAGAUCAUCGACGGCGAGGGAGCAUCUGCUCCACUGAUGGAGCUUCUCCACUCCAGCAAUGAGGGCAUCGCUACUUACGCUGCAGCUGUGCUCUUCCGCAUCUCCGAGGAUAAGACCUCAGACUACAAGAAGCGAGUGUCAGUGGAGCUCACACACUCUCUGUUCAAACACGACCCGGCCGCCUGGGAGAUGGCUCACAACGCUACGCAAAUGGAAGGAGCCUAUCCAGAUGAGCUGGAGGACUACGGAGGCUAUCCAAGUGGCAUGCCCCUAGAGCCCAUGGAAAUGAUGCAUGACGAGUACCCCAGCAGCAUGGCCUACGAGAGGCAACAAUAUGGUGACCAAUAUUAAAGAGGAGAAAUAAACAAGCGGAGGCAGAGGAGCUGAAGUGGGAUGCGAUGAUGAGACAAAGGAUAACAAGAGGACACGGUCAUCAGCAGCUCUUCACCUGAAAUAAUAUAUGCAAUUAUCUUAGAGUAAGGGACUCCUAAUCUUAACAGGGCUUUGUUUUAUAGCGUAAUUUUGCUGAUUAUAACUCUGACAGUGACUUUGCUUGUAGGUUUCUGUUGGAGUAUCUUUUACGAGUGUGUGCAUGUGAGUAUGUGUGUUAAUGCUUUCGGGUGGGUGUUCUAUGCCAAAGAGAUUUUAUUUUGUGAUGAUAAUCGUGUAGCCUCCUUUUUUUUUUUUUUUUAAGAAAAAGAAACAAAGAAAAAGAGAAUAAUGGUUGAAAACACUGCCACAGGUGUCUCAAUGUGCACAGUGCACCUACUCACCGCUCCGCUUAAUGCCUUUGUAACAGACACUACUGUCUUUGCUGUAGUUUUGACUUUAUAUACUGUCGGCUUUCUCCCACUGUGACACAGGAGUCAGUGAAGGUAACACUUCAGUCUUGUGGCACUAAUUGAGUAAGAGGGACGUGUGGAGGUCUUAGAGAGGGCAGUGUAGGGCCGUUCCCCGCUCCUAAUGUACUCAGCUGAUUACAGGUGGUGUGGAUGAUCAAGACAGAGGUUUGUUUUUUUUUUUUGUUUUUUUUUUAUCACUUGUUUCUCAUCUUUUAUAAGUUAUUAACUGGGAAAAGUAAAAUGUCAUUACCAGAAUACCAACAGAGAUGUCUUUGAUUUUGAAGAGAAUAUUAUGUCUGUAGCAAGAAAACAGCGCAAAGCAAAUUAAUAUGGUUUCAUUUAUCUGAUUUCACAAGUCGACACAUGAGAUAAUACCGUCGGGGAUGGCCCUACAGCUGGAGCAAACUACUGACAGGGAAAUUUGUCUUUCUACUUAAUAAGAGUUUUUACUGAAAUUUUGUUUAAUAAAAAUAAAGGAUAUAUUAAACGUG